GACCGUCGUAAAUGACUGGAAAGUAAGCGUUUUGGUUGGAGUCACAUGAUAUACCCCACCAACUAGCGUUCAAAUUCUAUCGCUUAGCGUACCGCACACAUCAACUUUUUUUUUUAUAAACCCCGCCAUCCUCUCGAAACUCUUCUUCUUCCUUCUUCGUCGCACAUACCUGGAUUCAAGUAAUCAUACCUGUGCAGUAAGUUUAAAUUCCAUCCAUUCUUCCAUCCAUCGGUCUCUUCCUCUUCUUCUUUUUCUUCUUCAUCAACCUUCUUGAAGAUCGAUCAACUAAUAUCAUCUUCUUUCGAUAGAUCUAUUUACGAAGACAAAACUUCCACAAAUAAACAAACACAACCAUCAAAAUGGGAAAGGAAAAGACACAUAUCAACGUCGUUGUCAUCGGACACGUCGACUCCGGAAAGUCCACCACCACCGGUCACUUGAUCUACAAGUGCGGAGGAAUUGACAAGCGUACCAUCGAGAAGUUCGAGAAGGAAGCUGCCGAACUCGGAAAGGGUUCCUUCAAGUACGCAUGGGUUUUGGACAAGCUAAAGGCUGAGCGUGAACGUGGUAUCACCAUCGACAUUGCUCUCUGGAAGUUCGAGACUCCUAAGUACUAUGUUACCGUCAUUGAUGCCCCUGGUCAUCGUGAUUUCAUCAAGAACAUGAUUACUGGUACUUCCCAAGCUGAUUGUGCCGUUCUCAUCAUUGCCGCUGGUACUGGUGAGUUCGAGGCUGGUAUCUCCAAGGAUGGCCAAACUCGUGAGCACGCUCUUCUUGCCUACACCCUUGGUGUCAAGCAACUCAUUGUUGCCAUCAACAAGAUGGACACCACCAAGUGGUCCGAGGAUCGUUACCAAGAAAUUAUCAAGGAGACCUCCAACUUCAUCAAGAAGGUCGGAUACAACCCAAAGACCGUUCCUUUCGUUCCUAUCUCCGGUUUCAACGGUGAUAACAUGAUCGACAACUCCACCAACUGCCCAUGGUACAAGGGUUGGGAGAAGGAAGCCAAGGGAGGAGCCAAGUCCACCGGAAAGACUCUCCUCGAGGCCAUCGAUGCUAUCGACCCUCCUUCCCGCCCAACUGACAAGCCCCUCCGUCUCCCACUCCAAGAUGUUUACAAGAUUGGUGGUAUUGGAACGGUGCCAGUCGGUCGUGUUGAGACCGGUAUCAUCAAGGCCGGUAUGGUCGUUACCUUCGCCCCAGCUGGUGUCACCACUGAAGUCAAGUCCGUCGAGAUGCACCACGAACAACUCGUUGAGGGUGUUCCAGGUGACAACGUCGGUUUCAACGUCAAGAACGUUUCCGUUAAGGAAAUUAGACGUGGUAACGUUGCUGGUGACUCCAAGCAAGACCCCCCCAAGGGUGCCGAGUCCUUCAACGCUCAAGUCAUUGUUCUUAACCACCCUGGUCAAGUCGGUGCUGGUUACGCUCCAGUUUUGGAUUGCCACACUGCCCACAUUGCUUGCAAGUUCUCUGAGCUCCUCCAAAAGAUUGAUCGUCGUACCGGUAAAUCCAUGGAAGACUCUCCAAAAUUCAUCAAGUCUGGUGAUGCUGCCAUCGUCAAGAUGGUUCCAUCCAAGCCUAUGUGUGUUGAGGCCUUCACUGAGUACCCACCUCUUGGACGUUUCGCUGUCCGUGACAUGAGACAAACUGUCGCUGUUGGCGUAAUUAAAUCUGUUGAGAAGCAAGACAAGGCCGGUAAGGUUACCAAGGCUGCCGUCAAGGCUGGUGCCAAGAAAUAAAUUCAUUCAUGAUGCGAUGACAUUUGCUUUUCGGGUGUGGAACAUGGACAUGAGGAUAUCAUAAAUGUUAGGUAGCUUCAUAGAUUUUCACGCACAUUAAUGAAUCAAUUUCAAAGUAAAAAAAUCAUCUAUUGUGCCUUGACUUCCUGUGACUGUUUUAUGUAUCUUUGGCUAUGAGUGAGGAAGUUUAUUGCAGUAUCACAAGCCUACUUCAUCUUUGAUUUACACAUGCCCAGUAUCUUCACACUUGUAAUCAUUCUCUACAGACCUACAAGAGAUAAUCCCCAAUUCGACGUUUACCGCUCUCCGAUAUAAAUCUAUUAUAGCCUAUAUUUAGUGAUUUUAUAGCCUAUUACUAAUUCGUUAUAACAACUGUCAGAAUUAUUAUGAUAAUUAAAAAGAAAAAAGAAACUUCUACGAAUUCUGUGACGAUGAAAGUGUGAAAGAAGGACGAAGUUCUCA